UUGGGGUCCCCGCUGACCUGACCGGGCUCCCCGCAGCUCCCCGAGGCCAUGGGGCUGCUGUCGGACCCGCAGUGCCGGCGGGCGCUGGCCCGGCUGCUGCUGCGCCUCAACACCCCGCUCUGUGUCCUGUGUUACCUGUCGGGGCUCACCUGGUUCCUGCUGCUGCCGGCGCUGGCUCCCCGCACGUACCUGUCCGAGAACGCCAUGGGCUCCACCAUGGUGGGGGAGGGCUCCGACCUCGGGCCCCGCGCCCUGGCGCUGGCCCGGGACUUCGGGGGGCACAAGAGGAGAGCGGGGGGCAUGCCUGUGGAGUGGCUGGAGCAGACCAUGUUCCAGCUGGGGCUCGAGGUCCAUCGCCAGCCCUUCAGCCGCACCCUGCCCUUCCCCGACGAGGCCCACGAGCGCUACCUGGUGCGGGGUACCAACGUUUUCGGGGUGCUGCGCGCCCCCCGCGCUGCCAGCACCGAGGCGCUGCUGCUGCUCGUGCCCUGCUCCGAGGGCACCAAGAACAACCAGGCCGUGGGGCUACUGCUGGCCCUGGCGGGCUACUGCCGAGGCCAGGUGUACUGGGCCAAGGAUCUCAUCUUCCUGGUGACCGAGCACGACCUGCUGGGGACACAGGCCUGGCUGGAGGCCUACCAUGACGUCAACCUUACUGGUAUCCACUCGGGGGGGGUCCCGGGCCGGGCGGGGGCCAUCCAGGCGGCGCUGGCGCUGGAGCUCAGCUCGGACGUGGUGACCAGCGUGGACGUGGCCGUGGAGGGGCUGAACGGGCAAGUGCCCAACCUGGACCUGCUGAGCCUCUUCCACUCCUUCUGCCUCAAGAGCGGCCUGCUCUGCACCUUCCAGGGCAAGGUGGGGGUCCUGGGGG